UGGGGCCACAAGACUCCAGCGCACCAGCGGAGGAGGUGUUCCUGGCGGCCAUUUUUGAUGCGAGAAGUGAUUGUUUGGCGAAUAGAAAUAAUAGGAAAUAAAAAUAUAGCGUGAAAAGUUGGGGAAUUGUGGCGGAACUGAAGGGGAUAUUAAGAGGGAACGUGAAACUCAGGAAAAUCAGUAGAAGAAGGCAUGAAGAAAACAUCAUAGUCAGGAAGUCAUGGCUGAUAAAAGAAAACUUCAAGGCGAAAUAGACAGAUGUUUGAAAAAAGUUGCAGAAGGGGUAGAGCAGUUUGAGGACAUUUGGAAAAAGCUUCACAAUGCAGCCAAUGCCAACCAAAAAGAAAAAUAUGAGUCUGACCUCAAAAAAGAGAUUAAAAAAUUACAGCGCCUUCGUGACCAGAUUAAGACAUGGGUCGCCUCCAAUGAGAUCAAAGACAAAAGACAGCUAGUAGAGAAUCGCAAACUCAUUGAGACACAAAUGGAGCGGUUUAAGAUUGUGGAACGGGAAACCAAAACAAAAGCAUACUCUAAAGAGGGACUCGGUCUUGCUCAGAAAGUCGAUCCUGCACAGAAAGAGAAAGAAGAGGUCGGGCAGUGGCUAACGAACACGAUAGACACGUUGAACAUGCAAGUGGAUCAGUUCGAGAGCGAGGUUGAAUCGCUUUCUGUCCAGACCAGGAAAAAGAAAGGAGACAAAGAGAAGCAGGAUCGGAUCGAGGAACUGAAACGAAUGAUCGAGAGGCACCGGUAUCACAUCCGCAUGCUGGAAACCAUCCUUCGAAUGCUGGACAAUGACUCAAUACAGGUGGAUUCCAUCCGCAAGAUUAAAGAUGACGUCGAGUACUACCUUGAUUCCUCUCAGGAUCCUGACUUUGAGGAGAAUGAGUUCAUCUAUGAUGACCUUGAUUUAGAGGAAAUUCCCCAGCCACUAGGUACCACAUCUCCACAAGGUCACACAGAGGACGAGAUCUUCCAGCACUCCAGUUCCACACCAACCUCCACAACGUCAUCAUCUCCCAUACCUCCCUCUCCGGCUACUUGCACUACGAAUUCGGAAGAUGAUAAGAAAAGAGGUCGCUCGACAGACAGUGAAAUCAGUCAGUCUCCUAUCAAGAAUGGAAAUCCAUCUUCAUCUCUAUCCUCCUCUUCCUCACUCUCAUCCUCAUCCUCAUCCUCGGGAGCCUCUUCAAACUCUUUAAUCUCCAUGGCUACUGUCGCCAGCAGUGGAAGCUCGGCAUUAGGGGGCAGCAGCCUCUUAGGCAACAUGGGCGGCCCCCUCCAGAACUCUGGCAGCUAUAGUUCAGCAACACAGCAACAAACACAACAAUCCCAACAACAGCAGCACCAGCCCAAAAACGCAGUCUCCUCCCACUCCGGCACCAACUCUGCCUCCUCCAACAACAGUAUCUUACUCCCAACAUCCAGCUCCACAUCGCCACCCAACACCAGCACAUUGUGCCCCCUGACACCCAGCUCACCGAGCCAGCCUUCAUUGGGAACGAGUCUUUCCUCCAGUCUGGGCCUCGGGAAAGGUACGUCGGUGACGAGUACCACAAACCAGAUGCCCGGUCUGGUCCUUUCAGGGAUGCCGGCAUCCUUGAACAGCAUGACUGGGUUUUUGAGCGGAUCCACCCCAGCGCCUUACGCGCAAGCGGCGGCUUCAGGUUGCAUAGGCAGCGGACUGUCAGCAUCGAUUGGAACGAAUAUUAGCAGUACAAACUCCAGUGGAGUCAUAACCUCAGUGGGGACUAACGGAAGUCUAGGCUCCACAAGCCUCUUGAGCUCAGGGCCUGGUGUUUUGGGUCUUGGGUCCACACAGUCUGCUGUGGAGCCUUUACCUCUGGUGGCUCCCAGCCCUGUGGGAGGCACACUGACCUCAGGGAGCAAUGUGGGAGUUAUCGGAAGCAAUGGAGGGUCAGGAAAUGCAGUGGGAAGUGCUGCGCUACCACGGCCACCUAGUGGGCCGAAACAAAACGGUGGUACAAGUUAUAGUGCUGUGGUAGCAGACAGCACGUCAGACUCUGCCCUCAACAGUGCCAGCCAAUCACAGAACAGCCAAUCCUCAUCCUUAAAUUCCUCAACAAAUCAGCCUAAGGACAGUGGGUCCAGCCUUCUGGUGUCGAUGACACUGCCGCCCAGCUCGCCCUCACCAUCGUACAGUGAGAAUAAACCAUGCGGUGGCAGCCUGCUGAACGGCCCCCACUCAUACACACAGGCUGCCGACACCAUCAAGCCUCAGGAGCCUCUGAGUUCUCAAAAGUCGAUAGUAGAGAGGGUCGCCCAGAGCUCAGGGUUAGAAGGAGAGCUGUCUGCACUACAUAUUUCUAGUGCUUCUCAAUCUGCUCUGUCAGAGGUAAGCAUCCCCCCUUCGUUGGGCGUGUGUCCACUGGGCCCCGUCCCCCUCUCCAAAGAGCAACUCUACCAGCAAGCCAUGCAGGAGUCUGCCUGGACGCACAUGCCUCACCCGUCCGACUCUGAGAGGAUCAGGCAGUACCUGAUGAGGAACCCCUGCCCAACACUGCCUUUUCACCACCAGGUGCCACCUCCUCACUCUGACACUGUGGAGUUCUACCAGAGACUGUCUACAGAGACCCUCUUCUUCAUCUUUUACUACUUAGAGGGUACAAAAGCGCAGUAUCUAGCAGCCAAGGCCUUGAAAAAACAGUCAUGGAGGUUCCACACAAAGUACAUGAUGUGGUUCCAGAGGCAUGAGGAGCCCAAGACCAUCACUGAUGAGUUUGAGCAAGGAACAUAUAUUUACUUUGACUAUGAGAAAUGGGGCCAGAGGAAAAAGGAAGGAUUUACAUUUGAGUACAGGUACCUCGAGGACCGGGACCUUCAGUGAAGGAUGGUCAACUAGAACGGAGGACUACUGUCGACAUUCCGAACUGAAUCAACACACACAUGUACUCUCUCUUUCAUUCACUGGGGAGGAGACCCAGAUGCACACGCGAGGCUGUUUUACGUCUCGCUGGUGCAUAAUGCAUCUGGAGCCCCUCCCACUCUUUACAAUCAUCCCGCCCACCAGCCGUGUUCUUUGUGACUCCGCCCUCUCAUUCAAUCAGACUUAACGCUGGUAAAUCACCCCUUUCUGAGAACUUUAUGGAGCAUUUUUGCGCCAAAGAAGUUGAAUAAACAUUCACCCUAUCAGCAACAUGACGAUAAAUACAAAUCAGUGUGGAUUAAUUAUUUAGCCAUGGCUAAUUGUGUAAAACACUGAAGUUCUGCUAUGAUAUUGAUAAGCUAAAGCCAAACUAAUCCAAGUCCUCUGAGCUACAGCUGUGUCAUUCAGCAAACGAUUCGUUUAAAGUAAACAGCAAUUAAAUUCUUUGGCACAGCCAUUUUCUUGCAUAUAUGUGUCCAACAAAGCUAUAACAGAUGCUGUUUUCUCUUAGGAAGCUUGAUUUUUGGGUAGCUACACCCCUACCUUGUUGGCUCUGAUCAAAGCACAGGUAUUAAUUCAUACAGAUAAGUUUGCAAGUAUAUGCCCCAAACUCAAAUAUCGAUAUUCAUAAUCGUUCUAUCACUGUGGCACCAAAUAAUGAGUCUGAAUGAGUUUCUUGCCAGCUCAAGCACACUAUUUUUGUUUGUAGACAACAAACAGGAGACCAAGUACACGUCACAGAUCAGGUUUGUGACUCUCAUCAGUGAUUAUACAGAGGGUUUCUUUGGACUCAGAAAGGGAAUAAUGAAUAUGUUCAUUUACUAGGGUAAAUGUACUUCUCCAGCUGAAAUUUCCUGUGAAUUUUUGAAAGCGACAGGCUUUUUAGUAGACUUGCAUGUCUUACAGAUUUCAUUAAAACUUCACGGUUUCAUUUCUGCUGUAGAGAGGAAUGUGGUCAGUCAUUUUUAAAUUUCUUUACUAUUCAGCAAGAAUGGGGCAUUAAAUACCCAACCUUACUAAAUGCCCACGCACACAACCUUGUUUUUAUUGUAACGUUUAUCUUUCUUGAUGAGCGUGUGGAAGAGAGCAGAAAUGUGAAUUAUAAAUAUAUAUAUUUUUUCCUAACUGGAAAAAUGUUGUACAGAACAUUUGUUCUCCUUCUGUUGACCCCCCCCCAAAUCAUUUAAACAGCAUGGAAAAUUACACUUGCAAAGUGGACUGGAGUAAUAAAAAAAAAAAAAACAGAGAAAAUAAAGCAUUGCAAUGAAAGCAAAGACUGUAAAAUAUAAAUAAAAGAAUUACUUUUCAAAAA